AUGUCAGCGACAUGGAAUAAGUCCUCUCCGUGCUUUGCCGAGACUCUGCAGAUAUUACCCCCAGGCGUGGAAGUUGCCGUUUUCCGACCAAAAGUCGACGAGCUUUCUCUUCUGAGAAUUAACAACGUUAGCAUGGCAAGAAUCAACACCACUUUCGUCAACAGCUCUUUGAUUGUAUACUCUGGAGCUAAGGGAAUCGUGUCUUCUCCUCGACAAUUCUUAUCCCCUCUGGGACGGCUUCCUUCCCUAAUUCUUAUCAUCAAUUUCAAAGAAGGGGUUCUUGAUUCCUUUGUUUGGAAGGACAUGGGUUGCUCAGAGUCAACAUGCCAGCCUGUGAGCCCGCUGUGUGUUGACAACAGCAAUUGCCUCGUUACAGAAGACCAGUGCAUUAGCAUGAAAACGGCGUCUGAUCCUGAACCUUGCCGCCUUGCAAUCAACGUGGCAUUUUCUGGAACUGAUAAGGAUAAAAAGCCGUUACAAUCAUGGUACGAGCUCUCGGAGAAGGAUGCAGCAACAGCCGCUACUGCAGAUACGCCUGAACCUUCCCGCACUGGAGCCAGAUGGACGGGCCUUUUUCCGGGCAAGAGUAUCAAGGGGAGCAGCGGCAGCAUCUGGAAUCGAGGGGUUGGUUCCAGUGGUACUGGGAAAAGCGACAGUCCCAGGGGUCAUGCAGGUGGUAGCAGCAAUGGUGGGGACGGACGGAGGAGCGCCUGGGAGGACAACAUGCGCCAGCAACUGGCGGUUUGGCGCGCCGACCCCGAGUGGGAAGACGAGCAGCCCAAACUCGAGGUGUCGGUCCCAAAGGGCUCCUUCUGCCGAAUGGACGCACAGUUCCUGCUUGCCCUGCCCCCGGACCUCGUUUAUAGCACACUUUGCGACCCCAGCAAUAAAAGAGUUUUCAAGAAUAUUACGGAUGUGAGCUACCGCAAGGUGUUGUACGAUGAUGGUGACGUGCAGGAGGUGGAGCUGCAGCAGGGAGCCAGGUGGCGCUUCCUCUUCCUCUCAGGAACCUUUGACGUGCGCCUGAGAGUCAAGCAGGACCGACCCAACCUCAAGAUGUCGUUUAAACUUAUAAGGCCCGGAUUCAUGAAGCAGUUUGAGGGCUACUGGCAGCUAGAGCCGCUGGUUAACCCAAUGCGGGUGGCCACAAGCGUUCAGCUUUGUCAGGUAGUGCAGCCCACGCUCACUCCACCGCCCAUUUUGUCGCACUACUUGAGAGGGAUCAGCACUCAGAUCACCCGGGAUAUGCUCAAGGAUUUUCAGACUGAGGCCGCCCGGAUAAGAUAUGAUCUUCCAGUUGAUGCUGAUGUGGAAAAGGAGUUGGAAAAGAUACGGAGCGAGAGUGGCAGAGAGGAUAAGGAAGAAAAUGGUGGCCAGAGGAACAGUGAGGGUGAGCAGAGAGAGGGAAGGGUUCGCUGGAGGGAUGAGGUGAAGAAAGGGGUCAGGGGAAAGAAGACCAUUAGUGGCAUGGCGGCCACUUUGUCUGCACGCGCGUCGUCGUCUGCUUGCACUCUAGCUCGUGCAGGAGCUAGUUCAGAAUCCCCAUUUCUGAAUUCCUCCGCUACACUCGUGCCGUUUAAUGGCCUGAAAAAGUCCUCCCUCGUGCUUUCUAAGAAGGCCUUAGCCCGGCAAUUGAAGCACCGAGCGGUGGUGUCAACCGGCGUGCGAGUGGUUGCAGAGGCUGCAGAUUCAACUGUCGUGACCCCAAAGAAAGAAGGGGAUUUCCGGCACGAGGCUCCUCGACAGGAGCUCGAAAGCCCUCAGAAUGUGUUCUCUGCCAAGUACGUUCCGUUCUCUCCGGAUCAGAAGCCAACUGAGGAGUACUCUCUAGACGAGGUCAUCUACACCAGCAAAGACGGCCUGCUGCUGGACGUGCAGCAUGACUACGAGGCCCUCAAGCGCUACGACGCCGCGUACUGGAAAAAGCUCUUUGACUCCCGAGUCGGCAAGCACACGUGGCCUUACGGAUCCGGAGUGUGGAGCAAGAAGGAAUGGGUUCUCCCGGAGAUCGACAACGACGACAUCGUGAGCAUGUUCGAGGGCAACUCGAACCUCUUCUGGGCCGAGCGGUACGGCAAGGAGCUCGGAAUGACCGACCUGUGGGUCAAGCAGUGCGGCAACAGCCACACUGGCUCCUUUAAGGAUCUGGGCAUGACGGUGCUCGUGAGUCAGGUGAAUCGGCUGCGGAAGAUGAACAAGCCUCUCGCAGCCGUUGGAUGCGCUUCCACCGGCGACACCUCCGCUGCUCUGUCCGCCUACUGCGCCGCAGCCGGCAUCCCCGCGAUCGUCUUCCUCCCUGCUAACAAGAUCUCUCUCGCGCAGCUAGUGCAGCCCAUCGCGAACGGCGCGCUCGUCCUGUCCAUCGACACGGACUUCGACGGGUGCAUGCGGCUGAUCCGCGACGUGACGGCGCAGCUUCCCAUCUACCUCGCCAACUCGCUCAACUCGCUGCGCCUCGAGGGCCAGAAGACGGCCGCCAUCGAAAUCUGCCAGCAGUUCGAGUGGGAGGUGCCCGACUGGGUCAUUGUUCCUGGAGGCAAUCUGGGCAACAUCUACGCGUUCUACAAGGGCUUCUACAUGUGCAAGGAGAUGGGCCUCGUCGACCGCAUACCCCGCCUGGUGUGUGCGCAGGCAGCCAACGCGAAUCCGCUCUACCUGUCAUUCCAGAAGGGCUUUGAGCAGUUUGAGCCGGUGCGGGCAACGCAGACCUUCGCCUCGGCCAUUCAGAUCGGAGACCCCGUCUCCAUCGACCGAGCCAUCUUUGCCCUAAAGGCAUCGGAUGGCAUAGUGGAGGAGGCAACGGAGCAGGAGCUCAUGGACGCUGCAGCGGAGGCGGAUCUCACGGGCAUGUUCAACUGCCCACACACAGGGGUGGCGCUGGCGGCUCUGAAGAAGCUGCGCAGCCGGGGAGUGAUUGGCCCCAAUGAUCGCACAGUGGUGGUCAGCACAGCACACGGCCUCAAGUUCGCUCAAUCCAAGGUGGCGUAUCACUCAAGCGAGAUCCCGGGCCUGGUGUCUACGUUUGCCAACCCUCCUGUGAGCGUGAAGGACAACUUGGGAAGUGUUAUGGAUUCCCCCCUCUUCCACCCAGGUUGGAAGCGGUGGAGCGACCCCAGCACGUGGGGAGAGCAAUCGCUGGUCUCGUGGAGGCACAACAAGGGGUGGCCCUUCCGCCUGGGUUGGAAGCGGUGGAGCGACCCCAGCACAUGGGGAGAGCAGGCGCUGGUCCCGUGGAGGCACAAGGGGUGGCCGUUCCGCCUGGGCGUGCCUGGGCGCGGGCUGCUGCAGUGGCGCGAUGUGACUAUACCGUGUGGCACAGCCAUCCUGCUGGAUGUGCCUGAAGUGAGGGUGGGGAAGCUCAAGAUCAAGGGGUGGCUCAAGGUCCUUGAUUCGCCCAAGCUCCCCCACAUCCGCGUCAGGGCGCGUUUCAUCCUCGUUAUGGGACGCUUCACUGCAGGCUCCGCGUCCCGCCAGCUGUCCUCGCGCCUCACGGUCACCCUGCACCCCAACACGGGAUUCCCGCGCGGCAGGAAGCCCUACAAGCUCCGAAAAGUGCCGCCCUCUGACCCGAGGAACCCCCGAGACCUGGGGCACAAGGCGUUCGCUGUGGUGGGAGGGCAGGUGGACUUGCAUGGCAUGCCGGGAGGGGCUGACACUCCCUCCUGGGUGCGACUGGCAGCAGCAGCAGCAGCGGGGCAGAGGCAACUGACUGUUGAGGGCGAUGUGAGGGGAUGGCGCCCGGGCUUUACUGUUGCCGUUGCCUCCACCAGUACUGACUUUAAUGAGGCAGAGAGCCGAGAGAUCGAAUCAGUGACCCUGGUCUCCCCAGCCACCUUCCCCCCGACAUCUCGCAUCACCCUCACCGCACCCCUCACCCACACGCACGAGGGCACAUCCAUGCCGGAUGGUUUCGGUGGCUCGGUGGAUAUCCGUGCUCAUCAGUGCCCCACCCUCCCCCCCUGCUCCAAUGUCUGUCCUCCCCUCCCCCCUCACCACACAACAGUGGCUCUUGUCUCCCCAGCUACCUCCCCCCCCACCUCUCGCAUCACCCUCACCGCGCCCCUCACCCACACGCACGAAGGCACGUCAGUUCCGGACGGUUUUGGUGGUACGGUGGACAUUCGUGCUGAGGUGGCGCUGCUCGAUAGGCAGAUCGUCAUCCAAGGCACGGACGAGCUGCCCCCACACCAAUAUGAUGGAGGGCACUUCAUGGUGUAUAUGACUCCCACUCCUCAAAUCAUUGAAGGUGUUCAGUUCCGCGGACUGGGCAACCAAGGCACGCUCGGCCGCUAUCCGCUUCACUUCCACGUGUGCGGCCUCCCUCUCGACGCAUCCCAGCCGCACAUCGUGCGCAAGAACGCGAUCAUAUACUCAAAGCAGCGGUGCAUGGUGAUCCACGCGACCAGCAACAUGAGCAUAGAAGACAAUGUGACAUACGAGACCAAGGGACACUGUUACUUGGUUGAGGAGGGGUCUGAGAUGGGGAACGUGUUUCGGAGGAACCUGGGGAUGAGUGUGAGGGGCGUGGAGAAGGCGAUUCCGCCGGAUACGAGUGAUCGGUAUGGGUUUCACACGGACAAGCAGCCGAGCGUGUUCUGGAUGGCCACUCCUUACAACUCUUUCUAUGGGAACGUUGCUGCUGGGUCUGAGAACAGCGGCUUUUGGCUAGAGGCCAAUCCCACCAUGAGGGGCAUAUCCCGGCUACUGCCUGUCAUCGGCAACAAACGGCCCGACAGGUUCAACUGGGGGGAAUACGUGGGCAAUGUGGCCCACUCCUCGCUCUUUGGCUUCCGCACGUACCCCCACGGCUCACAGUCCCGCUUCCCCGACUACACUGGGGUGAUCACUUACCUCAAAGACCCACUCUUCUACCGGAACAAAGCCGGCAUCCUCUUUGUGAACACGGAUCGCAUAGUGGUAGAGAACGGUGCAUUUGUGGAGAACGCGUAUGGGAUGGACAUCAGUCGAAACGGUGGGGUGACAGUCAAGGGAUGCCGAUUCGUGGGCACUCUCCCCUCCACCUGCACGUAA